AUGUAUGGCCUGAUGGAAGCCCCUUCCACCCCCGCGUCAGUCCAGUUUCGUCAACAGGGUCACGACCUCCAACAUGUUUCCUGCCAUCAGAGUCGUUCCGGUCCUGAUUACGGGGUGCUGGAAGAGGGUUUCCAAACCGUGCCCGCAGGCAAGUAUCGCUGCUUAACUCAGUCUGCUAGCGCUGAUAAAAAGCUUCCUUCUAGCGAAUUUCGAUCCUCAGACCUCCACAUUUACUACCAAAACGUGGGCGGCAUGAACACUUCCAUCGAAGAAUAUUUUCUUGCUUGCUCGGACGAAAGCUAUGAUGUAAUUGUUUUCACCGAAACAUGGCUGAACGACCGUACACUAUCGAGUCAAAUUUUCGGCGACAACUAUGAUGUUUUUCGGACAGAUCGUUGCCCCCUCAACAGCACAAAAUCUAUUGGAGGGGGAGUGCUUAUUGCUGUUAAUCAUCGAUUCAAGGCAGUAUUAAUCGAGAAUAAGUCUUGGGCGAGUAUUGAACAAGUUUGGAUUCGACUGAAGCUUUCUGGUUACUCGCUUUUUCUAUGCUCCAUCUACAUCCCACCUGACAGAACACGUGACGCGACGCUUAUCAACACCCAUUGUAAUUCGAUAAAUACGAUCUGUGAGCAAUCUCUUCCCAAUGACGAGGUAGUUGUGUUUGGAGAUUUUAAUUUUUCCGGUGUGAAGUGGCGCUCUAGUCCGGAUGGUUUUCUAUUUUCUGAUCCAAUGGUGUCGUCUUUUCACGACGGGAUCAAUAACUUGCUUGACUGUUAUAGCUCUAAUCUGUUACGGCAGAUCAAUCACAUAAAUAACGAGAAUGGCAGAAUUUUGGAUCUAUGUUUCGUCAGCAAUAUUGACUGCGCACCGGGGAUAAACAUUGCUGCAUCUCCCCUAGUAAAAACCGUGACGCACCAUCCCGCACUACAUCUUACGACCAGGACUACUCUUUCGGAUUUUUGCUGCACGGUUGAUACUGUCUGCUAUGAUUUUAAUAAAGCGGACUAUGAUAGUAUCCUCAACAUUCUGUUGAAUAUCAAUUGGAAUGAGGAACUUGACAACGACAAUAUCGACACAGCAGUUCAAGUAUUUUCGAACAUCAUGAGCUAUGUUAUCGAUCGCCACGUACCCAAGCGAGUUGUACCUAAAUCUAAACGUCUACCUUGGCAGACUAGUGAAUUGCAGCGCCUAAAACGCUUAAAGCGAGCAGCUUUGAGAAGAUACUCUAAGUUUGGAGAAUUAUCGCUGCGCGACGAGUACUUAAAGGUUAACUACACCUACAAACGGAUGAGCCGAGAAUGUCAUUCCAACCAUCUACGCAGCGUACAGAGUAAACUGAAAUCGGAUCCAAAGGGUCUUUGGAAAUAUGUCAACGAGCAGCGUAAAGAGCGGGAACUACCUUCAACGAUGUUUUACGAUGAACGUACGGAGUCGGACUUCCAGAACAUAUGUGACCUAUUUGCUCAAAAAUUUUCCAGCGUUUUCUGCAAUGAAUCACUAUCGUUGAGUGAAGUAUCUUCCGCCGCAAGCAACGUAUCGCUGUAUGGACAGUCUUUGAAUGAUUUCGACAUCGACGUUUCGAUGAUCCAGUCGGCACUAUCUUAA